AGGGGAGGCAGCUGAACCAUAAAUUCCCUUUUUUUUUUUUUUUUUUUUUUCCCCUGAAAUGGAAACCCCCUUUUGUCCUGUCUCUUCAGCCACUUGAACAAUUCGUUGAGAAAUCCUCUUGCGCCCAACCUUUGAGUGAAUUGUCCAGCCUGGAUCCUCACGGGGAAUUUAGCACCAGCCCUUCAUCCCUGUGCACCGAACCCCUCAUCCCCACCACCCCCAUCAUCCCCAGCGAGGAAAUGGCCAAAAUCUCCUGCAGCUUGGAGACCAAAGAGCUCUGGGACAAGUUUCACGAACUGGGUACCGAGAUGAUCAUCACCAAAUCCGGGAGGAGAAUGUUUCCUACGAUCAGGGUUUCCUUCUCGGGUGUGGAUCCUGAAGCCAAGUACAUUGUGUUAAUGGAUAUAGUUCCUGUGGACAAUAAAAGAUAUAGAUAUGCCUACCACAGGUCAUCCUGGUUAGUGGCUGGAAAAGCUGACCCUCCGCUCCCUGCAAGGUUGUACGUGCACCCUGACUCCCCAUUCACGGGCGAGCAACUGCUGAAGCAGAUGGUGUCCUUCGAAAAAGUCAAACUCACCAACAACGAGCUGGAUCAGCAUGGCCACGUGAGUAGUCCUGGUGGGAAAGG